AAUGCGGCCUGUGUGGAAGACAUAACUGUCAGAAAAGCUCGCUUUAUCUCUCUUCAUUCACUUAAAAACGUGUAGUUUAGUUCUGAUUUGAAAUGGCGAACGAUGGUGGAGCGAAGCUGUCUAAAAACCUCCUGCGGAUGAAGUUCAUGCAGAGAGGAUUGGAUGCGGAGGUGAAGAAGCAGCUGGAUGAGGAGGAGAAGCGGAUCAUCAGUGAUGAACACUGGUUUCUGGAUCUGCCCGAGCUCAAGGCCAAAGAAAACCACAUCAUCGAGGAGAGGAGUUUCGUUCCCUGUGAGGAUCUGGUUUACGGCAGAAUGUCAUUCAAAGGCUUCAAUCCUGACGUGGAGAAAUUAAUGUUACUAAUGAACGCACCAAGAGAGGAAGAGGAUGAAGAAGAGGAGGACGAGAGCAUGAACAAAAUGGAAACUGAUAUUACGGAUGAAGAGAUGGCCAAAAGGUAUCAAAGUUUGGUUGAGAGCAUGAGGAAAAAGUUCGCCAAGAAAAGAGAUCGCAGUGCUGUCUCAAACAAAGAGGAUGUCAACUGCAACGUCACUGAUGAUAUUAGACCCAAACGAGCUUUCAUGAAGCCACAGGACUGAGACAUUUUAAAUCUGUAAAUGCUUUAUUUUUUAUGCAAUGGACUUCUUUUUUUAUUAGUAGUAUUUUUUUCUGUUUGGUAACAACAAAUGCAUUGUUAAAAGACUGUCUUUUAUGGGAAAAGCACAAGUGGAUGGUGCACUAAGGGGUUUUUUGACAAUUAAAUGUACCAUCGUUGAAAAGCGUAGUAGAUCCUGACCAGAGUUUCUUAACCAAUUCUUUAAAAAAAAUGAUGUGUAGAACUUCCAUGUUGUUUUUAAAUAAUCAUUAAGGGAGAAUCACAUUAAUGACACUUAACCAAUAUGCUGUUUAGACGAUAUGCUGUAGAGUGAAAUCUGCUCUCUCACAGAAACAAUAUAUUCAUGAGUCAAAGUCAGAUUGAUGAGAUUGUGUUGGAAAUGUUAAAAAAAGGUUAUUCAUGGUGUAAAAAAGACUGCAGAACUUACUAUAGCAUAAUUCAACAUUCAAACGGUUAUUUAAUAUUGACAUUGCACGACUAUCUGGGGUCAAAAUCCAUUGCUGCUGUGUUCACAUUGUAUAAUGGAUCAGUGACAGGAAAUUACGCACAGCAUGACUUUACAACAGGGAAAAAAAAAACGCUGAUAACUCUCUCUCCCCAAUCACCCCAAUGUCAUACAGUGCAUUCAGACAAUAUUGAUAGCGCUUUUUCCACUUUUUAUGUCACAGCCUUAUGCAAAAAUG